GUAGUGCAGUCGCUUCUCGCCUCCUCCCCCUGCCUGCCCUCUCCCGCCCAGUGGCCGUCGCCGCUCCCCUCACCUCCCUCUCUCUCUCUCUCGACACCAUGGUCCUUAUCCGCGAGUUCCGCGUCCCCCUUCCCAUCACGGUUGAGGAGUACCAGGUUGCUCAGCUCUUCUCUGUCAUCGAGGUCUCGCGCGAGGCCACUGAUGGUGACUCCGGUGUGGAGAUCCUCAAGAACGAGCCCUUCGACGAUGGCGUCAACAAGGGCCAGUACACCCACAAGAUCUACCACCUCGGUAGCAAGGUCCCCAAGUUCAUCGCCAUGAUCGCCCCCGCGAGCGCCCUCAUGCUCGAGGAGGAGGCCUGGAACUGCUACCCCUACUGCCGCACCGUGCUCACUAGCCCCUUCCUGGGCGAGCGCUUCAAGCUCGUCAUCACCACUCAGCACCUGCCCGACCAGGGCACCACCGAGAAUGCCCUCUCGUUGGAGGACUCCAUGCUCAAGGAGCGCAAGGUUGUCCCGAUUGACAUCACCGUCGACCCGGAGGAGAACUACGAUGAGAAGUCCGAUCCCAAGAAGUUUGUCUCCAAGAGCGGCCGCGGCCCGUGGUCCGGCAGCGACUGGAUCGCCAAGUCCGCCACCAUGACCUGCUACAAGCUGGUCGAGAUUAAGUUCGCCGUCUUCGGCCUGCAGACCCGCGCCGAGAACUUCAUUGCCUCCGCCCAGGAGAACCUGUUCCGCGACUUCCACCGCAAGCUCGUCUGCCAGAUGGACAACUGGCAGGGCCUCACCAUGGAGGACAUCCGUGAGCUUGAGGCUCAGGUCAAGAUCGAGCUCGACCAGAAGAAGGCCGAGAUGCAGCAGGCUAAGGAUUAGACUUUAUCUCCCGCAUCCAUGUCGUGUGUAAAUACAUGGGCAUUGUGCCUUGCCAAUGACCCACAAAUAGUAGACCCUUGUGUGUAUGUCCA